CAACUGCAUUGCAUCUUGUUUGUGAAACAUCGUUGAUUAAUUUACUUACAACUGUCAACCAAAUUGUCAUUGGGUAACUCAAUUAAAUGAAAAAUGCUUAAAAAGUACGUUACAUUCCAGCCACGUGCUUACCUUACUUUGUAAUUAUUGUCAAAAGAAGAAAUGUCAAUCUUAGUAAGCUAUAAGUUUGUGAAAUGAUUGGAAUCACUAUAAAAGCAAUUGAUUUUCUCUUGAAUAGAGCCUGUGCCAAAUCGAAGAAAUUCUACGAAAUAAUUUAUGGAACAUCAUCGAGCUUCGCUAAAAAGUUUAUUGCAUUCGUUUAUGGACUUCUCAUCGGAUUAAUUUUUUAUUAUUCAAUCAUACGCUUUAUUGCAUUUUCUGGCAAAUAUAGUCAUUUUGCGAUACUGAUAACGUGCCUUUCAUCAGCAUUCCUAUGUCUUUUUUCAAAACAAUUUCGAUGUAUUUCCAUUCUAAUGUGGCUUUCAGCACUUGGAAAAGCUGGAAGAAGUUUAAUUAAAACGAUUAUAAUUGCGUUGGUUUUAUCGGGUCCGAUACAUAAUAUUGUGUCUAAUACAAAAGAGGUUACACGUGUUUUCGAAUGUACGGCAUAUCUUACAUACAAUUUAACGAAAACCAAAGUUGAUUUGGCAAUUAUGCCUUUUAUCAACGCAUUCGUUCAAAUGCAAAGUAAUUUAAGCGCGGUACAAGCGAGCUUUGAUGAGAUUGAGGAUGUAGUUUUUCCAAUUAUCCAAGAAGUCGAAGAUUUUAAUCGUACAAAUCAAAGCACACGCAAAAUCCGAAAAACCAAUGUCAAUCCACCAGAGACAUAUACCAAACAAUAUCAAGCAAAGUUGAAACAUCGAUGUGAAAUGCAAUUAGAAAGAGGAACAACAAAAUGUAAACAGUCAUUCCAAAGAGUCUACGAUGACUGCUUAAAAGAAGCAAAUUUCUUGAUUUGUUCACCACUAAAAAUAGAUUUCAUUUGUAAUUUAAAUGAUGUUGCAUCAAGCUUAGUAACAGAUCUCUGUGAUCCAUCAAACGUGAUUGAUGCUGAUUUCGGUGAUGAAUAUGCACAUUUGAAAGAAAAAGAAAUGAAUUUUGUGUCUGAAUAUAGCAACAUAUCGUUUGAUUUCAUGGCAACUAAUCCAAAAGAGUUACAUCCUAUCAAGACAUUGAAUGAAACUGGCAGAGAACUGAGUAGAAGUCUUAAUGAAAAAGCUUAUUUGAUGGAUUAUAUUUUUAGAUUCUGUGAUAAAUUAAUGAUAUUGAUAUACCUGAAAAUCAUAUACGAUGGUAUCACAUAUCACGAUAAUUAUUUGAGUAACAUUAAUUUCAACAAUUACUACAUUACAAGUUAUUUCAAGGAAAUUGAUGAACGUAGGACUCAAGAGAGAAGACGAAGCAUUUUACCUGUCAGAAGUAUCGAGUUUGAUCAAAUUGUUGAUUUGGAUGGGUCAAAAAAAAUCCGUAAAGAAUUCGAGGGAUAUCUUAGUUUGACAUUAAGACUUAUAUUGCACAUAAUUGGUGCAAGCUUCUUCAUUGUCCUUGAUCGAUUAUAUUUUGAACUUUUGGACAUUAUUGCACGUCACUCACGAAUUGAUUAUGAACAGGAAGGAUUUCAUCAUAUGAAUAUUACCGUUAAUGGAACUGGUUUUGUUGCUAAUCUGAUUAGAACUUCAGUAAACGGAUUUAAUAUAAAUAAGAAUAUUGACCUCAUGAUGACAAAUGAUGUAUGCUUACCUCAUCCAUCUCUCACCGAGUCAUUCACGAUAGGACUAAUUUAUUUAUUAUUUUCAUUGAAUUUCUAUUUGAUCUACAAUCAAGUGUACAUUCAUCGUUUAAAGCGAGCUGUUUGUGCUUACUUUUAUCCAAAACUUGAGAAAAGACGAAUCAUCGUGCUUUACAAUAAGAUGCUGAGAGAUCGAAGAAAGAUUUUUAAUACAAUAUUGGAUGCCAUAAAAUAUGAUGGAGACAUAAAUAAUGUCAAUAAAUUUAAGCAGAAAUUUCUCAAACAACUUCUGAAAAUCUGCAAAUGUUUUCAAAUAUUCUCUUUUGCAAGAAAUAAAUGCUUUUUAUGUCAUGCAGUGCAGCCAAAUAAAAAUACCAACAAUUCAAUGAUCUUCUGGAUAUGCAAUACGGAAAAGUGCUGUGCAAUCUUUUGUGACCAAUGUUGGAGUGACAUUGGCAAAAAUUGUUUAAUCUGUUACAUAAGAAGAACUGGAGAAGAAGAAAUCAAUAAUUCAAAAUAACAAUAGAAAUAUGGAGCAAUAAAUCAGUAAACGAAGCAGAAUCGUAGGAUUAUGAUGCUUGAAUUGUGUAGCUCUACAUUUUAAUGAAUGUGAUGUAAUAAUUUUCACAAUAAUUCAAAUAUAUUAACGACAUUUCCGCACAUUUUAUUCUCAGCUUUUAACUUUACUUCCUCC